AUGAACGCAGUGAUCGGCAUGACGAACCUCAUCCUCUCAACGCCUCUAACGGACGAGCAGCAGCAGUACGUGCACACCAUCCGCACCAGCGGCGACGCGCUGCUGGCAAUCAUCGAUGACAUCCUCGACUUCAGCAAGAUCGAGGCGGGGGAGCUCGCGCUCGAGCGCUGCCCCUUCUCCCUCAUGAUGUGCCUCGAGGAAGCUGUUGACAUGUUCGCUGUGAGUGGCCCUGGCCCCUGGGGUGAGGAAGCUGUUGACAUGUUCGCUGUGAGUGGCCCUGGCCCCUGGGGUGAGGAAGCUGUUGACAUGUUCGCUGUGAGUGGCCCUGGCCCCUGGGGGCGCUGCCCCUGCCCCUUCUCCCUCAUCAUGUGCCUUGAGGAGGCCGUUGACAUGUUCGCUGUAAGAUGCCCCUCAGUGGCAUGCCCUCCUGUGCCCGCAUGCCCCCAUGCCCUCAUCAUGCCCUCUUACUUGGUGCUUCCUUCAACACCAGUCCAAGGCAUCUCGUAUCUAGCCGCUGCAAGCCCAGAGCUGCCCCCUGCCACAUGCUAUGCUAGCCUCAUCCCCCAAUCACUUCAACAGUCACCUCUGCUCCAUCCUCACACACCCGUGCUCUGUCCCAAAUCUGUCCCCACCUCCCUCCCACCUUCCCUCCCACCUUCCCCCCCACCUCCCCCCCCAUCUUCCCCCCCACCUUCGCCCCCACCUUCCCCCCCACCUUCCACCUCAUCUUCCCCCUCACCUUCCCCCUCUCCCCCCAUCCGCCUUGCGCUUCCCCGUAUGGCAGCUGAAGGCGCUGGACAAGCGGCUGGAGCUGGUGUCCUGAAGGCGCUGGACAAGCGGCUGGAGCUGGUGUCGUUUGCAGACCCAUCCGUGCCUCCCAUCGCCCAGACUGACCCCGCUCGCGUCCGACAGAUCCUGGUGAAUCUCAUAUCCAACGCCCUCAAGUUCACGCACCAAGGGGAGAUUGUCAUCCGUGCCCGCGCCUCCCCUUGGCCCGCCACCCGCACCUCCUCGCACCUUCCCCCCCAUCCCCUCUCCCACUCCCACCCUCCUUCCCUCCUCCAAAUCACCGAUGGCGUUUCCACUGCCACUGGUGCCACUGCUGCUGCUGCUGCCACAACAGGACACCAACCAGGGCUAUUCCCUUUCAACACAUCCGCACCGCUCUCCAUCUUCUCUUCUUCCUCCUCCUCCUCCUCCUCAACCACCUCCCUCUCCACCCUCGCGCCCAGCUCGCCCUAUCUCUACACCUCCUCCUCUCUCCUCUCCGACUCAGCCCUCCCAAGCCACGAGUUACACGUAACAGUCACAGACACAGGAAUCGGUAUCCCUCCUGACCGUAUGUCUCGCCUGUUCCGGCCGUUCAGCCAAGGGGAUGCGAGCACCACGAGACGGUUUGGGGGCACCGGGCUGGGAUUGGUGAUUUCUAAGCAGCUGGCAGAGCUACUGGGAGGGCGCAUGUGGGUGGAGAGCGCAGGGGAGGACAGAGGGUCCACAUUCCACUUCACUAUUGCUCUUUAUCCCCCGCCGCCCACAGAGCCUGUAUUAGCAACGCCUGCCCCCGUCGCUGCUGCUGCACCUGCUCCUGCUCCUGCUCCUGCUCCUGCUCCUGCUCCUGCUCCUGCUCCUGCUCCUGCUCCUGCUCCUGCUCCUGCUCCUGCUCCUUCUAUUGCUGCUGCUCCUGCUGCUCCUCCUGCUGCUGCUCCUGCUGCUACUCCUGCUGCAUGUGCCUCUUCUGCUCUACCGCCUCUGCCUGUUCGCGCUCCUCCUGUCGCUUCUUCUCUCGGUGCUGUGCCCUCCGCUGCCCCUGCCAUGGCCACAGGAACGGCAGCAGCAACGGCGGCAGCAGCAGGGACGGCGGCGGAGAUAGGAUCACAUGCGAGGGUGGAAGCAGAGUGGGAGGAGCGGCAGAAGCUGCGGUCGUCCCUGUACCGGCAGCGGUUGAUGGAGAAUGCUGGACUGGUGCCCGGCGCUGCACAGGGCACUGCUGCGGAUGGCGGGGUGCGGAACUGGGAGGUGGGGGAGGGUGCGAUUGCAGUGACGGAUGCAGGGGUGGGGCGAGCACGAGAUGUGGGAAUAAGGGCAGGGGCAAGGGAAGGGGCAGGGGCAGGGGCAGGGGAAGGGGCAGGGGAAGGGGCAGGGACAAGGGAAGGGGUAGGGGCAGGGGCAAGGGAAGGGGUGGGGGCGGGGGCAAGAGAGAGCGAGCAGGGUGGGGUUGUUGAUGGCAAGGCAGGGGAGGUGGUGGGGGGAGAGAGGCGGGGUAGCAAGAGGCCUAGGGAGGCGAGUGGGGAAAGGGAGAGGGGAGAGGAUGAUGAAGGGGCGAGACGAAGGUCAGUGGCGGAGAGUGAAAGGGUAGUGGGGGGGAUGGUGGGGAGAAAAUCUGGUGAGGCCGUGGUGGUGGUGGCGUGUGGGAGAGAUGGUGGUGACAUUGAGAGGACGUUUCAGCGCCGGACGGAAGACUCUGCGUCUGACAUGGUGACCGAAUUGGGGGGGCGGCAAGCUGCCGGGGAACAGCAACAGGAAGGGUCGCAUCCUUUCACUUUUCCACCUGCUGUGCCCAUGUCCUUGCCACUUCCCUCCUCCCAAGAACCCCCACCAACCAUGGGUCACCACCACUCACACGGCUCACAACCCUCCCACCAACCGUGCCCCUCUCCCUCUCUCUCGCCCUCUCCCUCGCCCUCGCUCUCACCCUCGCCCUGCCCCUGCCCCUCCCCACACGUUACCCACACCGCUCCGCGCUCCUCCUCCCGGCAGACCACCCCUCGCACCUCCCCAACCACCGCUCCCCGCGCCUCACCGCACAUCACACCUCCUUCCUCCCUCUCCACAGAACCCCCCACUGGCCACCCCACAGACACUCGCACACUCGCCCUCACAGACGCCCCACCAACCUCCCCUGCGCUUUCCCCACGAGAGUCCCUGCGAGGAGAACAUGUGAUGGACCCUGCAGUCAACCCCGCAGCAGUAGUGACUCUGCGCCCGAUCCGGGCAGUGCAGGGUCGCACAGCCCUAGUAGUGGAUGACAGUGCGGCGGUGCGUGCGAUGGUAUCAGCGCACCUGCAGGCGCUGGGGUUUGCGACGAGGGAGCUGACGAGUGGAGAGCAGCUGCUGGAGGAGGUUGCAGCCUGCGAUGUCACCCGCGCACCCAGCCUCGUGGUCGUCGAUACUGAGAUGCCGGGAAUGGACGGGCUGACAGCGGUGAACCAGCUCAGCGCCUUGCCACAGGCAGAGGGGCUGCGCGUGCUGCUGCUCUGCCCUUACGGCACCGCCAACCAGGUGCGCGUGACAGCCCCCAGCAUCAGCAUGGCAGCACUAACCAAGCCCCUGCGCCAGUCCCUCUUCACCCGCGCUCUGCUCCUCGCCUUCCCUCCCCUCGCCACGCCUCCAUCUCCAUCUCCCCUUACUCACCCACACCCACCGGCAGCUGCUUCCCCUACUACCACUCCUACCACCACUGCAUCUGCUCCUGCUCCUGCUGCGGCUUCUGCGCUCAACCACAGCAGAUCCAGCCACCACGGUGCCAUGCCCCAGCCUUCCUCCGUGCCUCCUGCUUCGGCUUCCUCUGCUGUUCUGGCGGCAGUUCGCGGCGGCGAUGGUGGUGGUGGUGGUAAUGCCACAAUGGGCUCCUGUGGAGCUGACGGGUCGGAUGUCCUGGAGCAAGAGGAGGCGGAGGGCGAGGAGGGCGAGGAGGGCGAGGAGGAGCAGGAGGAGCAGGAGGAGCAGGAGGAGCAGGAGGAGAAGGAAGAGGAGGGCAGGGAGCGGCGGAGCAGGCGGGGGCUCAAGGACAACCUGGUGAAUCAGCGCGUGGCGACGCGCAUGCUGAGCAACAUGGGGUACACAGUGGACCUGGCUGCCAAUGGGCUCGAGGCCGUCAAUGCCCUCGCCACCAAAACAUACGACCUCGUCUUCAUGGACAUUCAGAUGCCAGUGAUGGAUGGCAUAGAGGCAACCCAGCGCAUCCACCUGUUGGCGCAGCAGGAGGGGUGGGUGCGGCCACGCAUAGUGGCAAUGACAGCCAACGUGCUGCACUCGGACCGGCAGCAGUGCCUCAAUGCGGGCAUGGACGGGUUUCUCUCCAAGCCCAUCCGCGUUGCAGACCUUGUUGCUGUUGACGUCAACAUCGUCACGCAGGAGGUGGACCGCACGGUGUCGUACAUACGACACCGCUACAUCGACUAUGAAGACAAGUUCAAGGAGGGGCUGAGCACACAACUGGUGCCUUUCCUGGAGCGACACAAGGACGGCAACCGUGUGAUGCAAGUGGAGGGCGUGGACUCAAGCGGUCGCCCAGUUCGCCGCGAGAUCGUGCUCAGCGAGGAGCCCAUCGCUGGCCACAAGUUCGGUGGCACCAUGCACGACUGCGAGAAGCUGUGCAAGGCAUUCGCCAAAACCACCGUCCAAAACCUGACCGAGCGGAUGGCGGAUCUUCGUCGCAUGGGCGGCACGAGGCUGUACAAGGUGGAAUCGUGGCCCCCCAAGCUGGAAACGCGCGAGAGGCGCGUUGUCAUGUGGCUUUAG